CUCAUUAAUGAAGUAAAUUUAAGAAAUUGAAAAAAUGUAUUAAGCUCUUUUGUGUUACAAUGGAACUCACGAUUUUCUAUUUAAUAUCUGACUAAUCUUAAAAACUUUUUCGAUUUCAACCUUUAAACAGUGUUUGUAUAAUUGUUUAGUACACUGUAUCUAAAUAUAGUUUUUCCUCAAGUACAUCAAAUGAUGACUAUAAUAACAACCCAACACUCUCAAAACAUUGUUAACAUGCAGUUUGCAAACAUCCAUCUUAUAGGUAAACAUAUUAUUAUACAUAUAUAUUGUUAUUAUAUAGACUUAAAAUAGAUUUAUGCUUUGAUAUUUAUCAGCCCACAAUCGUCCACUGCUGGACAAAAGCGAGUCUUUAACUCUCUCAUGGGCUUACUCCAAGAAAUAAACGAUUUAGUAAAUAUACUUAAUAAGGAACAAAAAAGUGACCUUUCUUAAUAUUUUAAAACCGUCUAAAUAAAUAAAUCUAGACGAACCAGUGCUCAAAUUUACAAAGGUUUUAAUUAUACGCCGGCUAAUCAUUAUAUCGCAAAGUCGCCGUGUUGGUAAUGUUUGGUGGUAUGUGUGAGUCAAACUCGAACUAAGAUUUCUCCACUUUUUUAUUUUAUUAAUCCUUUAUGAUCUGAUACCAGCCACAAUUUACUGUUAUGUUUAAAAAAGCAUCAAGCAAGCAAAGAUUUGACACAGCUUCAGAUCUGUAUUGAACAUAGAAUUGUUUAGGUUUCUUUGAUUUUACCUCAUUGUAUAUUUUGUGUAGCACUAGAACUUGCAAGCUAAUCGCCGGUCGGACACAGCUAGGAAUUAGCAUAAUUUCUACAUGACUUGAGUGUAAGUAAUGUAAUGACAUCUAUCGGCGAAGAGAAAACAAAUUCUACCAACAAUUUGAAUCACGCUACCAAUAAUUUCGGGAAAACCUUUACCGUAUAAUAUGGCGAUUUUAUUGUCACUUUAUUAUUUCCGUCGUUUCCAGUACUUUAGUUUUUCUAUGCACUGACGACACUCACAUGAAGGAAGUAUUUUUCCAUAUAAGUAAGUGUUCCUACUGAAACACACAUAUAUGUAUGCAUUAACUCGUAUAGGUAGCUAAGUUUCCGAUGCAGUCCUGUUUUCGCUGCGAUUGCCGUCAGUAAUAUUAUUACAUUAAAUACACUAGUAAGACGCAUAGCACAAUUAUUUCCGCUGCUUUAGAAAAUCUAAAAUUUUCAUACGAUGCCAACGAAAAGUUUACAAACAUUACAUUUAUAAUAAAUAGCUUUCCGCUUUGCCUUAAAUAAGUUUUUUUUUGUUUUUUCGACGAAAAAAAAUCUAUGAUUGGCUAUAAUUAAACCCAAAUGAUGUUAGUAAGUUUUUUAGAGUACCGCAAAUAUGUAUAAGAAGGAGAUUAAAUCGUCACGCUUGGCAAGUCACGUAUGAUGCAACUUAGAAUUAAAAUAAUAGUAAUUGCAGGUAACUUAAUUACCCGACAGUUAUGUUAAUUUCAAAUAUGUAUGUGUGUAAUGGAACGUUCCGGACAUUAAAAAAGCACUUGAUUUUUUUGUGAAUCGUCUUCCUUGUAAAUAUUAUUGAAGGUCAAACAAUGCGAAUGUUUUAAAUCCCAGCAUUUAAACAGAUAACGCCAUUUGCUUUACGUCUAUUAUGAGAUCAAUUGAUGGGUGAACACAUUACGAUCAUGAUCGAGAACUUUUAUUCAAAGUGUACGAUUAGUAAAUCUGUGUUAUUCUUAUGUUUAAUAUUUUUACCGUAUGCCCUGAAUCAGAAAUAUUACGAUUCGCGGUACGAUUAUUAUGAUAUCGAUCAUUUGGUACAGAACCCGAGGCUAUUGAAAAAAUAUUUGGAUUGUUUUUUGGGUAAAGGACCUUGUACGCCUAUAGGAAGACUGUUUAAACAAGUCAUGCCUGAAGUGAUUACUACAGCCUGCGCCAAAUGUACUCCGACGCAAAAGCGAUUCGCCAGGAAGACGUUUAAUGCUUUUAGAAGAUACUUCCCUGAGACGCUCAUGGAGCUCAGAAGAAAAUUUGAUCCUGAAAGCAAAUAUUAUGACGCCUUUGAAAAAGUAAUCACUAACGCAUGAUCAUCAAGAACAAUCUUUAAAUUAAGGUAAGCAUUGUUCUGGAACCGUAUUAUUAAACAUAACUCAAACACACUCAGCUUAAAAUAUUAUUAUCUAUGCUUAGCAAAUAAAAUCUAUGUUAUUAAUCUA